GCCACGCGGGACGCAACGGCAGCGCUUCGCCGUGCCCCCCAAACGGCACGCUGUACACGCGCCCGUGGACUAGUCUCGUAAUUUCUCCCUCUCUCUCUCUCUCUCUCUCUCUCUCUCUUAUCGCUGUUGCUUUACGAAAUCACAUUUUCCCAUUUCUGUCGCUGUCGUUUUUUUCUCUCCUUCCCGUACGUUUUUGGCCUCGAGUCCCCGCCGUGGGAAAUAACCCCCCAAGAGGAGAAACCAAAAAAAGUUUCCGCCGGCCGCUCAGAGAGAAGAGAGGCUAGAAAUUGACUGAAGCAUGGGUGACUGGAGCUUUCUGGGACGCCUUCUGGAGAAUGCUCAGGAACACUCAACUGUGAUCGGCAAGGUGUGGCUGACCGUCCUCUUCAUCUUCCGCAUUCUGGUGCUGGGCGCGGCCGCCGAGGAGGUGUGGGGCGACGAGCAGUCGGACUUCACCUGCAACACGCAGCAGCCCGGUUGCGAGAACGUCUGCUACGACCAGGCCUUCCCCAUCUCCCACGUGCGCUUCUGGGUGCUGCAGAUCAUCUUCGUGUCCACGCCCACGCUCAUCUACCUGGGCCACGUGCUGCACAUCGUGCGCAUGGAGGAGAAGCGGCGCGAGAAGGAGGAGGAGCUGCGGAAGGCGGGCUGGCGCAGCGAGGAGCUCCUCGGGCAGGAUGGCGGCGGGGGCGGCUACGGCGGCGGCGGCGGCGGCGGCGGCGGAGGCGGGAAGAAGGAGAGGCCGCCGAUCCGCGACGAGCACGGGAAGAUCCGCAUCCGUGGGGCGCUGCUCCGGACCUACGUCUUCAACAUCAUCUUCAAGACCCUUCUGGAGGUGGGCUUCAUCCUGGGCCAGUACUCCCUCUACGGCUUCCGCCUCAAGCCGCUGUACAAGUGCGGCCGCUGGCCCUGCCCCAACACGGUGGACUGCUUCAUCUCCAGGCCCACUGAGAAAACCAUCUUCAUCAUCUUCAUGCUGGUGGUGGCCUGCAUCUCCCUGCUGCUCAACCUGCUAGAGAUGUACCACCUGGGCUGGAAGAAGGUCAAACACAGCGUCACCCACAAGUUCGCGGCUGACUGCGGGUCCCUGCGGCUGGGCCCCGGCGACGACGCCGGCGACCCCCGGGCGGUCCCCGAGUGCGCCACCCUGGUUUCAGACCACUGCCUGCAAGGCUACACCGGCAGGAGCACCAUGGAGCGGGUCCGCUACCUGCCCGUCCAGAACUCCUCCUGCGCGCUCGCCCUGAGCCCUGACGCGGUGGCGGCGGCGGUGGCGACCACGGCGCCGAUGAAGAUCAACGCCGACGCCUUCCCCGACGACGACGGCUUCCUGCGCGGCGGCGGCGGCGAGGUCCCCGGGCACCUGCCGGCGUUGGAGCAGAACUGGAGGAACGCGGCGCUGGAGGUGAGUGGUCCGAUGGGGAAGGCCGACUCGCCGGCACCUUCUGCGCUGGCGCCCUCCUACUGCUCCUCCUCCUCUUCCUCCUCGUCCUCCUGCGGGAAGAGUCGAGCUCCUCCCCGAUGGGAGGGGCCUCCCUCGCCGCGCCUGCCCUCCCUCCCCUCGCACCUCAUGUGGGACGAGGAGGCGGAGGACGGCGGCCCGCCCGGCCGCGUCACCGUGGUGACCAGGGCGCAGAUGCACAGGCCGCCUCCGGCCGCCGUGGCGACGGACGUGCGGAGGCUGAGUCGGGCCAGCAAGGUCAGCGGCCCCCGCGGGCGUCCCGACGACCUGGUGGUGUAGCACACACACACACACACACACACACACACACACACACACACACACACAAACACACGCACGCAUGCAGACACGCACACACACACACACACACACACAUGUACACACAAGGACACACACAGACACAGACACACACACACGCAUGUACACACACACACACACACAAACACACACAUGCAUGUACCCACACACGCACACACACACACACACACACACACACACAUGUACCCACAAGGACACACACAGACACACACACACGCAUGUACACACACACACACACACACAAACACACACAUGCAUGUACCCACACAUGCACUCACACACACACACACACACACACACACACGCACUUCUCCCGCAUGCAUACACACCCGCAAACACCACCACACCUUUAUAUUGCAUACGUGUGUCCCUGGACAUGUGUUCCUGGUUAUAUGUUCCUGGACAUGUGUCCCUGGACAUGUGUUCCUGGACAUGUGUCCCUGGACAUGUGUUCCUGGACAUGUGUCCCUGGACAUGUUUUCCUGGACAUGUGUUCCCUGUUCAGUUUAAAUCUUCUACACCUUCCCCUUAUCCAGCAUGCACUCACAUGCACCGAUGCCGUGUGGUGACCAGUUUUGGGCCGUUCCUUCCGGGAGUCUGUAUGAUCAAAGAGGAGGACAAUAGAGGAUGCUGGAUUGUGGCGAAAGGAGUCGUCCACCCAGACUUGAUUUCUUGGCAGCACGCGGCCUGCAGAGUGCAUCAUGUACAUGGACUUUACUUCUGUGACGUCAUAUCUAUGCACCUUUCUUGCCCGUUUUGAAGCCAAAAGGUUUGGGCCGGUGGAUUCACUCACGUUCAAUACAAUGCGCGUGUUCCUCUUUGUAUGGUCCGGCCGGGUGCGUGACAUCGUAGAGCAACCCCCCCCCCGCCCCCCUGCCGGACUCUUCCAUGUCGGGUCACUUGAGGUGACCCUAUGCUAUUAUCUACACUUAUCCAAGUGUGCUUCUUGUACUUACACACUUUUUGCGAAAUAUGGUUGUGGGGACAUUUUGCAUAGAGCGCGCCGGUUAAGUAUUUGGUUGUCGAUAGUGAUAAAGAUGCGUUGUGGAUCAAAUGCCGAGCCAAAUUAUGCUCCCCCACUAGUCUAUGUGCGGAUGGAGUGGGCGUCAAGCACACGCUGGCCGAUGAGAAAAGAGGGAUAAACUUCAGCUCUCAUGUCCCAGUGUGGAAAUUAGUGUGAUUAGAGGGACGGGACCUUACUUAUCAAUGGCUCAUGUGGAUCACACGACCCAUAUUGACCGGACCCCUAUGUCGGAAGGCUCCUGCUUCUCAGAGCUUGGAAGUAUGUAUGUUUGUGUACCUGUGCCUAUGUUUACACCGAGCCAGCUCCGCGUCAAUGAAGAGAUGGGAUGUGUUGUAAACUAAGGAGAGGAGAGGGUGUGACGUGUGAAAAAGCUGUCCCAUACUGAGAUACUUUCUUAAGGCUUUACAGGUGAAACAUGUGUGAAAGCGAACGUGACGAGAAACCAUCGUUUUUAUCGGAAACGUGGUUUUUUUUAACGGUUUGCCUUUUUUUUUUUACGCAGCCAGGAAGUUACCAAUACGAACGAUAGAUCCGGCGUGAGGCUCGUGUUUGCAGUGUGAUACGGAAGUGCCUUCAUUCAUUGUAAAGAUCUUCAUUUAAUUUUUCUUACGCAGGGCCUCGCUAUGGUGGCCUUCGUGAAUAAGUGCUUGGUUCAGUCAGCUUCUAGACUAGUGGAAAAAUAGGAAAUUAGGCUUUAGGCUUUACUUUAGAUCAUGAAUUGAAGCCCCUUAAAAGAUAGCUUAGGCUGAUUACGAUUUGUGUGUCGAUCAAACAAGGCGUAUCGGAAAUUUGUCGUUCUUCCGGUCAAUUAAAAAUUGUGUUCCUGCACAGAAAAACAAAUAUAUUUAACUUAGAGAACAGCACUUUGUUAGGGAAAAGGCUUAUCAACGGUAGCCUAACAAUAAUUUCUGUACUGGUGUAAUGCAAUGCUGUUAUUUCUGAGGUUAAAGACUAUUAAUCUUAACUUGUUCUUGGAAUCCAAAAUGCUUUUAACACAUGGCUAGUAAUAAGCAUAUAGAUGUUUUCACUCUUCAUAUUUUAGCAUUUAAUUAUUUCACACCUUUUGGUUAAUAUGCUAAUUAAUAGGCAUUCAGUUGACAUACAUUAAAACACCCAUAUCUAUUUGUGAUAUUAAUAUUUGUUAUUGUUAAAAUUGGGCAUGAUGUUCUGCUACUGCCAACUUCUACUGACUUGUAGAAUAUUUAAAUUACCAAGCAAUGCCAAAAGGAUUUCAUUAUUAUAUACUGUUUUAUUAUAUUAUUUUAGAGACUGCUGACCAGCAAUUAGUGACUGUUCGAGUAUCUAAAGCAUAGCUUAUAUAAAAUAUAGGUAAAUAGCUAACUUCAACAACAAAUCACUUUGGUGAGAAUUUUUUUAACAUUAGUUGUGAUAAGUUAUGUGAUAUGUAAAAAGGUCUGUGGUCAGAGAUACUAAAAACGUACCGUAGUGCAACUUAUUUAUCAUCCUCUUGAAAUCAGAGUUGGACCAUAGUUUAUUUUAUAGGGCUCUACUAACAAAUCUGAAAGGUUGUUGAAAUACGUUUUUGAUUAUUGUUUUUUAUUCAUCAUUUUUUGGGAUACAUUUUUUUUUGUACCUAGAGAUUAACAUUUGCACAGUUCAGAAACGUCUAGAAGUACAAAGAAUAUGCUCUGUCAAAGAUGGAGAGAAAUAUAUGCCUGACCUUUUUCAUGUAAAAAACAGAAAAUUGGAAUAUUAAUAUAUCAGAACGAAUAGCAAAGGUGACAUUUUCUGUCCUAAUUUUGGCAACUGGGACCUUGUGCUUUAAAAGUGUGACGCCAUGACUAUGUGUUGCUAACCCCCACACCCCCUUACUCUACAAAUGAAUAAUUUGCACCAAAAAAAUGAAAAGACACAAUGCUGUGUUGUUGGUCUCAUAGAGACCAGACACAUGGUGGUUAGGACGCCCAUGCCUUUUUUAUGCAUUUUUUCCCUGUGUUAAGAAAGUGCCUUGGGUCAAAGCCUUUUAUGCGAGGACAUGUUGAUGUAAGUGGUCCUUUACCUCAGAUGUUUACAAAGGUGUAACCAAAUAAACUGUUUUUUGUACCACA